AUGGCCACUAUCAAGGUAGUCGUUCCAGGCAAAAAUAACAAGGCGACAUCGUCUGUCAAAGGAACUGCCAACAACGCCACCGCGAAGACGUCUAUUGGGGGUACGGCCGUCGCACAGGUGGUGAUAAUCUCCAACGUAGAAAAGGUAACCGAAAACCAGACGAACGGAAAUCAAUCGAUGAAAAAACAAAACCACAAAAAUCGAAAAUUACUUAUCAAACCUGUAAGCAGAAAAUGUAGGGACGGAUACAUUAUAACGUCUUCCGGAGAUUGUAAACCAAUAUUUCAAGACGAAUAA